AUGUCGUCGUCCGGCGCUCCUGCCGCUCCUCCGACUUCAGUUGCGUCGUCUUUGCAGUCUUCACAUCUUCCCGCGCGAGAUGAGGGGAAGUUCGCUGAGUUGGUCGUGUCGGCGUCCCGGGCUCGCGGGGUCAGCGAUGGGCAGGAGCACCCUGUCAUCGAUCUGACAACUUCCCGUGGGUUCGACCGGGAGUCUGAGCCGGCAUCUCGCACUUCUCCUCGCAGCUUGCCGAGUCCGCGUGGCGACACCACUUCAGACGCCGCCGACCUUGGUCGGUCGGACUCGGCUGGGCCGUCCGAGCAACGCCGCAUCGAGAACACGGACUUGGCUCGGCUGUUGUCAUUCGUGAGCACUCGUCCCGCGCCGGCGGCUGAUAGAGAGGUCCGCCGAGCUGCCCUCGAGGCGACGUCCGUCAGCGAACUCGUGAGCCUCCUUCGCGGUCAGCACCAACCUUCAACUCAAGCUAGUGACGUCGCUGCACCGAGGGUCGAGCUGGAGUCUGCUCGGACUAUUAACACUGACUUGACUCGGCGGCUGUAUUCACAGGCGGCUGUGAAGGCCGACCUCGAGGAACGGUUGAAGACUGUCGAGGAGGAGCGUGACCGAUGGAAAGCCGAGUCGAAGAAGUCGUCCCCUCUCCUGACCAGCUUCCGGAAGGCGAUGGCCGAGUCUGAAGCUUCCUUGAAGUCGACCCGCAAGUCUCAGGAUGAUAAAGUGAAGUCGGCUCUCGCUCACGCUAAGGAUCUCGGCAGGCAGCUCAGGGAACGCGACUCGGAGAUUGAGCGUUUGACUCGGCUUCUUUCGGCUCGUGACACCGACCGACUCUUC